UCGUCAUAUAUCCGGUCCGGGCGGAAUAAUUUCCUUCCGAGUUGAAAUGCACUUCAGCCCGAAUGCGGGGAUUUGUUCAUGCUAUUGGGUCUCAUUUCGUUAAAGAGUUCAAAGUUUUCGCUUUUCCCGGCUCUUUUUAAAAGGUCCAGCGGAACAAGCAGACUGGAAACCUGAAGACAGACGAUACGCUUCCCCCUCUCGCCUCAGCCAAUCCAGUGGUCUUUAAUCUUUCUCUUGUGGAACCCGAUUUAGUUAUCCUUUUGACUGGUGCCGUUUAGCAGACAAUAAAUUUCCGGACAAAAGAGGAAAUCAAGAGUCUUAGGUCUGUUCAAUCCAAGGAAUGGAUACUGUAAUAGCAACAGUCAGCGGCUACCAUGGCUCCGAGCGGUUCAACCUCAUAAAGCUGAUAUCCCAUGCUGGCGCAAGUUAUGUAGGUGCAUUGUCAAGAUCAACGACACACUUGGUGUGUUGGAAAUUUGAAGGAAAGAAGUAUGAUUUUGCUAAGAGGUUCAGUACGAUAAUUGUCAACCAUCGAUGGGUUGAAGAAUGCAUAAAGCAAGGAAAGCGUGUCCCUGAGCAUCCUUAUAUCUUGCAAAGUGGUCAAGAAGUGGGACCAUUAUUAAUGGAAAUCCCACUUGUUAAUGUGGCUGUCUCAACAAAGAAAUUUCAAGUGCUUACUGACAAAGUGAACGCUAGUGACAACUCUGGAAAACAGACUAUUGAUUUGGCAUGUGGGGUUUCUGGUCUUGCAACAUGGACUCAACCUUGUUUGUUGAAUAAGCAUGAAGCGUCCAGUUCCCAUCCCUCAAAGCGUCCAGAUAAAGAGAAGAGAAAGAUAUUUAAUGGUAAAGGAAGCAUUAUUUCGUCUGAACCUUUUUGUAAAGGAAGGAAGCUUGUGAAAAGGAAUAUAUGUAUAGAUAUGUUGGAUUCUGCCCAUUUGGAUUCAGACCAAGAGUGCUACCCAAUUAGUGUUCAUGACCCAGAUAACAAUGUUUCAGCUACGCCUAAUUACUCCCAUGGUACACAGAAAGCCAAUAUAUUAAAAAUUGAAGGAACAUCUGAUGAUCAAUUCCAUAAUCAAAGAGGAAUUAGAAAUGAAGGUUCAGAAGCUCCCAAGGAUUCAAACUUAUGUCUUAAGUAUGCAUCAACUGCCUUGGAUAGAACUUCACAAGAUGUGUGUACCGAUGUUGAGGACUUAAACAGGGAGAUCAAGGAUGAGAGCCAGAUUGAACAUGUGACCGGGCUACCAACAUCAACCGAGUUAUCAUGCGUUAUAUGUUGGACAGAUUUCAGUUCAACUAGGGGGGUUUUACCGUGUGGACAUCGAUUUUGUUAUUCAUGCAUCCAGAACUGGGCUGACCAUAUGGCUUCAAGGAGGAAGAUUUCUACCUGCCCUUUGUGCAAGGCAAGCUUCAUUAGCAUCACAAAGGUCGAGGAUGCAGCCACCACUGAUCAGAAAAUAUACUCCCAAACUAUUCCAUGUGCUUCUUCAGCCAUGGAUAUUUUCAUUCUCACUGAUCAAGAAACACACAGUUUUGGUGCUCAGUCCUCUCUUGCACAUGUUUGUAGUGAAUGUCGUUUCCGAGAACCUGAGGAUCUCCUCAUCAGCUGCCAUCUUUGCCAGAUGCGAUGCAUCCAUUCCUACUGCCUGGACCCUCCCUUGUUACCGUGGACUUGCAUGCAUUGCAAGGAUCUCCAGAUGCUCUACCAUCACACCUACUGAUGUUAUAUUAAAAAAAAAAAAAAUUUUACAAGGAUCUCCAGAUGAUGUUAUAUCUUUGAACUUCAAGAACGAACUCAAGUCUGAGACUAACGGUAUCCUUUGUUUCAAUUAGUCGAUUCGUAUAGGCAAUUUGUUUCAAUUAUUAGAAACUGACAAAGAUGAUGGAAAGGAGCAUUAUAUUUUGUAAUGUUCUUAAUUCAUAUCAUUGAUUAAGUGUUGGAUGUGAA